GAGCAGUUUUAAUUUCCUUCCUUGUUUCCUUUUACCCGAAGAAAGAUUUGAUAACAAUUAUGCAAUGAGUGAUUUGUUUUUAGAGAGAAAAGCAAUUCAAAGUUGUAUUUUUGGGGAGCUUUUCAUCGGUUUCCCGAACCACUAACAUUGAUAUCGAUGGCCUAACACUUGUUGGAAGCAAUUUUUACCUGCUCUGUUUACUUUUUAGAGUUUGAAGCUUUCAAAUGUCGUCAAAGUAAAUAGCGCUGGAAGAACUGACUUCGAGUCUGAGCUUUUCAGAUGGCCGUAGACAAACCUAUUUGAAUGCUGCCCAUUAAUCCCAAUUUGGGGGGUUUUGAUGUUUUAUUUGGAUGACUGACCAAAAAGAUGAAAUUUAUUUUCAAAAUAAAAGAUAUUUUUCUCUUUUAGCAUAAUACAGACCAAAUCUGUCAUCUAAUAACUUCUCAUUAAUUUAGACAUUAUACCUGGUGAUUAUUCAACUAUCUUUACAAAUUCAGCAACAGAUCCCCCCUUUUCAAAUUGGAUAAUCCGGUUCGGAUAAUCCAAAACAGCGAUUUGUAUUUCCUUAUUUUCUUUUGCACGAAGAGAAAUUUGCUAAUAAAUAUAAAAGGAAUGAUAAGCAAUUUAAAGUUGAAAAGUCAAAUACAUGUAAAAUAUUUCUGAUGAGUUUUUCCUCAUUCCCCAAUCAUUGAAGACGACAUUGAUGGCCUAGCAUGAAUGUUGGAAGCGAAACAUGCUCUGUUUACUUUUUAGUGCUCAAAGCUUUCAAAUGUAAUCCAGUGACUACAGAAACUGCACACAAAAACUGAAACUGCACACAUUGCACACUUUGUCAGCACUCUUUCACACAUGCACACAUUUAUAUUUGCUUUUGCACACACACAAGAUCUUGUUGAGAACUGCCCCGCUUUGCAGAUUGGUAUAUAGGCAAAUACUCCCUCUCCAAGCUUCAAUGAUCCACUUUUUCCACUGCAGUUUUAUCUGAAUGAAAGAUAUGGGGUGACAAUGAAUAUACACAAAGCUUGGGAAAAGGGACUGACUGGAAAAGGUGUCACUAUAUGUAUAAAUGAUCCAACUGGUGUUGAAAAGGACCACAGUGAGAUUGCCUCUAAAUUUGUGGUUGAGGGAAGUUUUGAUUACAAGACCAAUAGCUCUGAUCCGACUCCAGAUAGUCCUGCGCUGUAUGAUGGCCCAUUCUCGCAUGGAACUGCAAUGGCAGGUCUAGCUCUUGCUAAAGCAAAUAAUGGUAAAUGCAUAGUGGGAGUUGCAUACGAUGCCAAAUUCUCAGGCAUCAAGCAUUAUCUUGGUAGUUCAGAACCAGCGAACCCGAAGAGAUUCGCAUAUAUGAUGGAAUACGCACACCAUAUUAAUGACAUAUAUUUGUGUUCUUGGGGCCCUCUGUCAAUUUACUCAGCAUCUGUUGGAUACGUAGAAGAGCCUAUUGAAGCUGCAAUAAAAAAUGCCACUGAAAAGGGAAGAGGUGGUAAGGGCAGUAUCUAUCUCUUUGCUGCCGGAAACAGUGGGCAGUUCAACGGAAGUUGCGCUUUUGACGAAUAUGUUACCUCUAUUUACACAAUUGGCAUAAGUGUUGUAACAGGAAAGAAUGUAGGAUCAAGGCAAAACAUGGCAUGUUCUGCUGUACAUGCUGUCACUUAUGCAAGAGAUUUGUCACUAGGACUAAAGUAUCCCCAUGAUCGCAUGCCAUCAUGUGCAUUACAAAAUAAAUGCAUUGAGAAUGAUGGGGCAUCAUCUGGUGCCAAUGCUGUAGCUGCAGGAAUAUUAGCAUUGGUUCUUCAAGCAAACUCCAAUCUUGGUUGGCGGGAUGUGCAGCACUUGGUUGCUAGAAGCUCGUGUUCCAAGUUCUCUUCAGUCGAAUGGAAAAUAAACAAAGCUGGACUUCGAUACAGUGACUUUUUUGGUUUUGGAUUGCUCGAUGCUGACGCCUUGACGACCAAUGCCAAAAACUGGACAAAUGUCGGGCAACAUUUGGAAUGCGUCAUGACAUUGCCAAAUACACCGAAGCGUAUUGAUGGAGUUGCAACAACAACAGAAAUAGUAGAUUUGUCCUCAUGGCCAAAUCUCUGUGGAGGAGAGGGGAAAAGGAUCAACUUUCUUGAACAUGUUGUCAUGCGGUUCUCCUUAAAUUUUACUCGUCGAACCAACCUUGAAAUUGAGGUCGAAAGCCCUGGUGGGAGCAUAUCUGUUCUUCUACGCUCAGGAAGGAUAAUGGAUUCAUUUCAGGAGAUAAAAAACUUGUCAAUAAUGUCCUUACAGUUUUGGGGAGAGAAUCCUCGAGGAAGAUGGCAAAUUAGGUUGAGAAAUGUCAAACCAGAUCCAAAACAAAAUGGUACCUUGUACAACUGGUCAAUGAAGUUAUAUGGUACUGCCAAUGAUCCUAUGGCUGGAAACACAGUAGUUGCAUCGCAGAUCAAGAUAAACCAGACAAGUACAGCAUCACCACCAACAACUAUGAGCUCAUCGACACCAAAUAUUGAAAAACAGUCAACGCCCUAUUUCACAAAGCCAGCAUCACUCUUAACUUCUACAGAUCCUUGCACUGACAAAAACUCCCAACCUUGUGGAAGUGCAACAACCAAAGAACCAUCAGUGAUGAUUGCAGCGCUCUUGGUAUCUUUCACAUUCUUCAGUAAUAUUUUCUAGACUCAAAGCGCUCGUCUUAAAUAAGACCAAAUAAAGACAAGACCAAGAAAUCGAAAAGAGAUUAGUAAAAAUUUGUGUCUUUUAUUAUCUUUUGCUUACCUUCCUCGGACCUAUUCACAAGCUCUUUUCACUAGUCCGCCCUUUAAGAGCUUGUUCCUAUACUUUUCAUUCCAGGAAAAACCGCGUUUUAGGGUCACCAUUAGGAAAAACAGGAUCACCAUUUUAGUUGGGAGAAUAUGUUAGUUAUCAAUAUUUCCUUGCGUCUCAAACUGCUGUUUCUUGGCUGAUUGCUUUAAUUUCUUUAUUUUUUUCUUUACACCUUGAUUUUUUACACCCAUUGAAACCAUUUAAAAAAAUUGCUGGUAUAGAGUUAUGUUCGAAAUGUUAUUGCAACAUUUAAUUUAUCUAAUUAUAGUUUUCUUAUUUGACAUAAUUUGACGUACAACACGCUGUUUAUUUACUGUCACAAAAAAUUUAUUUGUCAGACUUACAUUUAUGAUGCAUGUUUUAGAAAAGAUUUUAGUAUUGUAACAUAGCAAGAUGCUUGAUUUGCAAAUAUCCGAUACCUGUGAUUUUUAUUAAGCUAGUUUGCUAUCUGAUUUUGUAGAUAAUAUUGAAUAUUUUUGAUUAAAUACAUUUAAAGCAUUAAUCUUAUAAUGUCUUAUACAAUAAGCAUACAGAGAUUUAGCAUAUAGGCAUUUAUACAUUGCUAAAUGAUCUUGUGAUUGCAUACAAAAGUUCAAGCAAACACGAAUAUUCUCUUCUUU